AUGGAAAUAUUAACAAAAUUAAUUAUUAUUUUUGCGAUUAGUACAAUUUAUGUUGAAGGAAAAAUCUCUUCAACAAAAAUUAAGGAUGAUGCUGCAAAAAUGGUUGAAAUCUAUCGAAUUUAUACAAUGUCAUCUCAAAACACAGUUUAUCAUAUUUUUUCAGCACAAUGCUCUACAAUAGGUUAUUGUUGCACUGAUAUAUUCAAUCAGACAUUCGACAUUCUUGACAGUCAUGCACUUGAAGAAAAAUGUAUUAAUCAUCCAGAACUAAUCUUGGAGAAAUAUAAAACAGAAUGUUCACAGGAAAAAACAUACUUGAAGAUGAUUGAAAAAAGUUCGGAAUAUGGUCGAUUCAUGAAGCUUCAUCGUGGAGUUGCAGGAAGUGAUCAACUAAUUAGAAAUUGGCGAUCACAAAUGAAGAAAGCAUGUAAUGCAAAUGAACUUAGUCGUUAUUAUUGCUUUCCAAAUGAUAUGGAUACAUUUCAGUCAUGUCAAGUAAAAAUGUUACAAUCACUCGCUAAUAAAAAUGGUGGAAAAAAUUAUGAUGCUUUUCUUCACAAUUGGAUCAAUGACUUUACUACAUAUAACAAAAGAAUUGCCAAAGCAUUUCCACAAUCAAAUUAA